UCUUCUCUCUCUCUCUCUCACCAAACUUGGGUGGCUCUAACCUUUUCAUACGUAAAAUCAUUCUAGCUUGCUAACAAAGCCAAUAGCAGCCAAUAUAACAAACCAUAUUCACUUCCACGGCUCCACAACCUUAACCACCGCCUGCCUUCAUUCUUUUCCUGUUUCUCCUAAUUUCCUCUGCUUGUUUCUUCUCGUCUGUUCAUGAAGGGAUGAGAGAUCGCAUGGAGAGACUCGUUGUUCUUCCCUUCUCUAUUGGUUGUGUUUCGGAAUCAAGCAUCGCUGUAGGUGGGAACUCCAUCAAGAAAACAAAAGUUGAGACAAGCCCACCUGUAACAAGAGAAGAAGAAGACGGGGAAAACUUAUCCGGUGUAAAAAUGAAGAACUCUUUUGGUUUCCUGACACUUCCAAAACCCAACAUCUCCUCCGGGUUACAAAGGUUGAUCAAGAGCAUUAAGAGCUUCUCCCAACUAUUUGUGUACAGAGACGAAGAAGUUGAAGAGAUGGAGAUGGAGAUUGGCUUUCCAACAGAUGUGAAGCAUGUGACACACAUAGGAUGGGAUGGGUCUACAACUACCAACCCCAUCAAGGGUUGGGAUAACCUCAAAGCUCCUGAAUUGCUUUCUCUCCCUGCAAUUUCUCUUAGGCAGUUUGAGCUAGCCAUGGCUGCACAGGCUGAUGCUCCUCUUGUUGUUGGUUCUUCCAAGCUUGGUUAAAAGAAAACAAUAUGUUAUAUCCAUUGAUAAUGAUUAAGGGUGGAAAUGUGUUGAGCUUGAAUAUUGAAAUUAUAUUGGAUCUUUUUCCCAUUCCUUUUGCUGACUUUAAAUGUUGGAAGCUUCCCUGAGGACAAAAGCUUCACAAAUGAGAACUGCUUGACUUUGUUUUGAUUUGUAGGUUAUGUUUGGUGUCAUUGCUGUUUCUACAAGAAAUGUUUGGAGUUUAUCAAUACAAAAUUUUAAGAAA